CGCGACUGUGUUAGUAGUAAUUCUAGUAAAUCAGUAAAUCAACACACUACCACCGACGUUCAUCAAGCAACUCGUGUCCGCCACGUGUUCGUGUUGCAAAAAGCAAAGGCCCAGAUUGGAUCCAAUCAGAAGCCACUCACUGGUUUGAACGCAGCAUCAAACCGCGGCUCGUUCUACCCGUAUAUACCCAUUUCACGGAGUAUAUAUAUAUAGAUCCUCCAGAUUUGUCUACCAUGAGAUCGGAACGCGAUCAAUCAAUGCAAGCCUGAUGCUGCAGUGACUGCAUUUAUCCGAGAAUUUGAGUGUGGACGAAAAUGGAGCUGUUCUACUACGUUGUGUUUGGCGGCUUGGCCGCGGUGGUGGCAGCUCUGGAGCUGAGUAAGACCAGCAAGGAUCGCAUCACAACGUCUCAGACCUUCAAUGCUUUCAAAAACAAUUACCUCGUUGUUUACUCCCUGAUGAUGGCUGGUGAUUGGUUACAGGGUCCAUAUGUAUACUACCUAUACACUACAUAUGGAUAUGGAAAGGGAGAAAUUGGGCAGCUCUUUAUUGCUGGUUUUGGGUCUUCCAUGUUGUUUGGCACAAUAGUUGGAUCUCUAGCAGACAAACAGGGUCGAAAGAGAGCUUGUGUCACUUAUUGCAUUACUUACAUACUCAGCUGCAUCACGAAGCAUUCCCCUCAUUACAAAGUGUUGAUGUUGGGGCGUAUCUUAGGUGGUAUUGCCACAUCUCUCCUCUUCUCAUCAUUUGAGUCUUGGCUAGUAGCUGAGCAUUUUAAGAGAGGAUUCGAUCAGCAGUGGCUUUCAAUCACAUUCUCUAAGGCAAUAUUUCUUGGAAAUGGUCUUAUUGCCAUCCUGUCAGGAUUAUUUGGGAAUUUUCUGGUUGAUACGUUAAAUCUUGGACCAGUGUCACCCUUUGAUGCUGCUUCAUGUUUUCUUUCCCUUGGGAUGGCCAUCAUAUUAUCAUCAUGGAGUGAGAACUACGGAGAUCCAUCAGAUAACAAAGAUUUAAUGACUCAGUUCAAGAAUGCUUCUAUUGCAAUUGCUUCAGAUGAGAAGAUUGCAUUGCUGGGCGCAAUACAGUCCCUGUUUGAGGGUUCAAUGUACACCUUUGUGUUUCUCUGGACUCCUGCUCUUAGUCCAAACGACGAAGACAUUCCCCAUGGAUUUAUCUUUGCAACUUUUAUGCUGGCAUCAAUGUUGGGAAGCUCAGUUGCAUCUCGCCUCUUGACCCGUAACACAAUUAAGGUUGAGAGUUACAUGCAAGUGGUGUUUGUUAUUUCUUCCGCGGCUCUCAUGUUACCAAUUGUGACAAAUUUUUUGAUAACUCCUUCAAGUGUGAAAGAGGGAGGGAUAUCAUUUACAGGGUGUAUCCUUGUUUUUGGAUUUUGUACGUUUGAGGCUUGUGUGGGUAUCUUCUGGCCAUCCAUAAUGAAGAUGAGAUCUCAAUACAUUCCAGAGGAGUCGAGAAGUACCAUAAUGAACUUUUUCAGGAUUCCUCUAAACCUCUUUGUUUGCAUAGUGCUGUACAAUGUUGCUGCAUUCCCCAUCAGUGUUAUGUUUGGCAUGUGCUCAAUCUUUCUGUUUGUGGCCGCCAUCUUGCAGAGGCGUCUAAGAGCUAUUACAGAAAAGCCAAAGGCAGAAAACUGGACACUGAUGUUGGAUACCGAGUCUGAUCCACUCAAUGCUCCUUGAUACAAAGAUGUUAAGGAAAAAACAGUAUAGGCCAAAUCUGUACCUUAGUUGAUUUGAAAUCUGAAUGAAUGAUUCCCACUUAGGUGUUUGGUUUUGUAAUUCUUUGCAUUCCUAAAUUUCCUUAUCUUGAGUCACACAAGUUUCUAAUGGAGACACUUGUUAUAAACAGAUAAUUUGUGUCCUUCCUUUUGGUUACAACCAUAUAUAGAUGAUGAUGUAUUAAUAAGUGUCUAGUGAACAUGCUAGCUAUCAUUCUUUAUUAUUACCAUCAGCACAGCUGGAAAUAUAUGUUGUGGCUCUUUAUCAUCUCAAGAAAAUGCUGUAAUUAACAGCAGCUGUUCGCUUUUAAUGAAUGAAUAUGGUUGAAGUAGCAAUAGGAUCUUGUGUUGUACUCAUACUCCGUACAUACUCUUCAAGGAGAGAGUAUAUGGAGCCCAGGGAAAUACAUUUUUUUCUUGAUUAAACCAGA